AUGAAAUUGGUAAGCUUCGGUAGCGAUUACAAUGGUGCUGACUUGACUGUCCAAGUUAGUACAGAGUCAGUCCAUGAAAUUGCGCGUGUUCGUGCUUCACUAUUUCAAAUAAAUGGCGUCAAAAAGGAACCACUUAUGUUACCAGAACCAGAAGGCGCCCCCAUCACAUUAAAUGAAAAAGUAUAUGUGCCUGUCAGAGAGCAUCCAGAUUUCAACUUUGUGGGCAGAAUAUUGGGACCACGCGGAAUGACAGCUAAGCAAUUGGAACAAGAGACUGGUUGUAAAAUUAUGGUUCGAGGAAAGGGAUCUAUGAGAGACAAAAAGAAGGAAGAUGCAAAUCGAGGUAAGCCCAAUUGGGAACAUUUAUCAGAUGAGCUGCAUGUUUUGAUAACCGUUGAAGAUACAGAAAAUCGUGCCAAAGUUAAGUUGGCUCAGGCAGUUGCCGAAGUACAGAAGCUACUCGUACCGCAAGCUGAAGGCGAAGAUGAACUUAAAAAACGUCAACUUAUGGAAUUAGCUAUAAUUAACGGAACCUAUAGGGACACAACAGCGAAAUCGGUCGCUGCAGCCUGCGAAGAGGAAUGGCGUCGUGUUAUUGCUGCUUCUGGCGCUGAAACUCGUUUGCUGACACCAGCAUUGCCUGGACUUGCACAACCGAUUCGUGCACCAACAGCCGCUCCAUUGGGAGCGCCAUUGAUUCUAUCGCAACGUAUGACAGUGCCAACAACUGCGCCCAGUAUAUUAUCAGCUGGUCAAGGUGCUCCUGCUGCUGCUUUUGAAAAUACCGGCAUGAUUUUUGCUCCUUACGGAGAUUAUACAAAUUACGCAGCACUCACUGGAAAUCCUUUGUUGACGGAAUAUGCAGAUCAUAGCGUAGGGGCUAUAAAACAACAAAGACGUUUGGCUAAUCGAGAACAUCCAUAUCAGAGAGCUGCGGUUGGGGUGCCAACUAAGCCAGGUUUUAUUGAAAUUCAAUAAAAUUAAAAAUUUUUUAUAUAUACCAUAUAUAUAUCAAUUCAUAAUUGAAGCAUUAUAAUAUUAAG